AUGGGUUCAGUUGAUGGUGAUAUUGUUGUUGAUUACCCAGGUUUAAAUUCUUCAGAUUUAUCCCGUUCACCUACUAAUUUGGAUGCUCCACCUUUAGUUUCUCCUGGUUCUGCUGACUCAUCUUUUGUUUCAUUUGCCAAAAUUGGUUCUGGUGAUAUCGUUGUGUUGGAUAGUGACAGGAAUCGAGACGUAACUCCGACGAUUAUUCCAAAUCAAAUUGAUCACCUAAUCGAAAGGGAUGGUACUAUGUCUUCCAAUGCCAGUUCUGAUGGUUUUGAUUCAAUUGGUCGAAAGAUUACAGUUGCUGCUGAAUCAAUUGAUGUCAAAUAUUUUGAUUAUCAAACACCCUCAUCAUCUUCUUCUGACGUAACAAUUCGAAUCAUUCCGACAGACGACGUUUAUACCGGUUUCCCUAUUGAUCAAGCUGAUGUGUUUAAUCAGUUUGUGGAACCAAUUUCUAAUGCAGAUGAGAUAAUAUUUGAUGCUCCAAAUGAGUUAGAUACUACUAAUGAGUUAAUUGUUCAUGACAAUCUAGUUACUGCUGAUAUAGCUCCUGCUAUUGGUCCCAAUCCAUUUCAAUCUGACAUAGUCCGGAUUACUUCACGUAGUACCCUGUUGCUGGCACGUCUUUCAGUGAAACGUCGAACUAGUUCUGAUGAACCAGAAAUGAUACAUAAAGUCUACCAGCAUAAUAAUAAGGUUAUUCAAAAGUUGAUGUAUUUGAAGGAUGACCCCGCUCUUGCCGUGGAAUGA